AUGUCAGAGCAUCAGAUCCUCGUCGACCUUCCAGGCCUAGAUCGGCUCAUGGCCCAGCCCGCGCAUACCCUCAACCUCGAGCCAGUUCAGUACAGCCUCCUGACACGCGUGUUUGGCGGCGUUGACACGCCAGAAUUGAAAGAAAAGAUGGUCAAGUCAAUCAAGGAGCUUGGUCCUCCGAUCGAGAGACUGUUCCUGAACGAGGCUGCUGCCACUGCAGCGGUGGAAAGAGCAGGCAUAGGCGAGCACGCGGCGUCGUUCGUCACCUUCUGUACCGACCCUGGGAGAAUGAAGCGCUGGGAGCUGUCCUCCAACGUUCAGGUGGUCAAGCCGGACUCGCCCGGAAGCUCUGGAAUGGUCGAAGCAGACCUUCAGAGCCUGGUCAGGGACUUUGGCUUCUGUAUGGCGGUGCCACAGCUGUACGGCAAGGACUUUCUUGAGCGCAAUCCCGAGCUGCUGAACGACUUUUGGAAGUUCGACAACGACUUGUUCCCCUUGCUCAUGAUUGGCAUGCCGUCAUGGGCACCUCUCAAUAUCAUCCGGGAAGGACGGGCAUCACGAUCCCGACUGAUGGCUGCGCUGGAGACGGUGUAUCGACAAGUCGACAAGGUGCAGCAGGGCGAGCCAGCUGACCCGGAAUACGAUGUAUCCGACGUUAGCUUUGUGCUCUUUGAGAAAAACAAGAUCUUCGCACGGGACGGGUGGUCGCUUGCCGAGCGAGCAGUUGCAGACAUGCCGAUCCUCUGGGGCCAAAAUGCCAACACGCAGCCCCUGCUAUUCUGGUUUUUGACCUAUGCCUACUCGACCCCUGGUCUCAUCAGUCGGAUCCGCAAAGAAAUAGCACCGUUCGUGAAGCUAUCCGAUACAAACCCUCGGUGUAUCUCAUCCCUGGAUAUUCACGCUCUAGCCAAGACCUGUCCGCUGCUCAAGUCUACCGUCUUCGAGACGUACCGCCUGACCGACGAGGCAGCCUCGAUCCGGUACCUCGAGCGGCCGAUCACUAUCAAAGAUGGCAGCCUCACGCACAGCCUCAAGCAGGGGACCUGGAUCUCCGUCCCGCACUCGGUAACCAGCCACGACGCCUCCGUGUUUGCCGAGCCAGAGAAGUUCAUCCCGGAGCGAUUUCUCGAGACCGACUCGGAGGGCCGGCCGGUCGCUCGCUACGGGAGACUGCGGCCGUGGGGCGCAGGCGCUGCCAUGUGCAAGGGGCGGACUUUUGCAGAGAGGGAGAUCCUGGCUGUGGGCGCUGCCAUCAUCAGUCUCUGGGAUAUCGAGCAAGUGGGUGGGACAUGGCGGCUGCCGGACAUGAUACCGGGCACCGGUGUGAAGAAGCCGGUGAAGGAUAUCAGAGUGAGGAUCACCCGCAGAUGCACAUGA